GAUAGUGUGAGCCCGUUGAUCAACGCAUUGGUGUCUGGUCUCUGACAGAAUUGUGUGCCCCAUACCAACUCCGCACGAACUCGGGUGCUGGAGAGGUGAGUGAGGACUUGCUUUAUUUACCUAACAAUUUGGGGGCUCGUCCGGGAUUUCUUCUGGUGCGGUACCUCUGUCCAGUGGUCAGACCACUCAUAUAUGAAUUGGCAAGGCGCCACAGGAGAUUUCUCCCAGCCAAUUCAAUAUUGAGGGGUCGUGUAUUGGACAGCAGGGUAAACGCCAGUUGGAGGGCUUCUGUCAGACACCAUGGGUCAAGGGACUAGCGUGCCUCUUGAGAGUCCGUUGGGGAUUGUAAAUAAGUUAUGGAACGAAGGGAAACUCCCAGUACAGACAGGAAUGUCUAGGAAGAAGUUGUACACACUAUGUGUAAGGAAUUGGACUGGGUAUACCGCGGUAUUGGCCGACCCGGAGAUGAGGUGGCCUUCGUAUGGCUCUUUCGAACAGGCUGCCUUAAGAGGAGUAAAGAGCCAGAUCGAAAAAGACCAUCCGGGACAGUUAUGUUACUGGUUUUGUUGGGACACAGCAGCAGAGCUGUGGAAAUCUUUAAAAAUUAUGGCAGUCAGGUACUCUCCCGAGAGUGAACUCCCUCCAGGUUAUUUCGAUGAAGGGUGUAGACCACGGCGUGUUUUGACUCGUCAGCUGGUCCCCUCUGCACCUGCCCCUAUUCCUCCGCAGGGGGACUCUCUCCAUGUAGCAGAGGGGAAUCUGCAGGAUCCCAGAUUGGAAUUUCUGCAGAAGGAUGAGGAGGAAAUGAAGGGGCAAACCUCGGGAGGAGUAGUUACUAGGCUAAUGUCCAAGCAGAUACAGCAGGGUGCAUGCCCCCCCCCCCCCGAGGAUAGCCCAGAGGAUGUCCCCGUCAAAUCUCUUGCGAGUAAUAAAAGUAUAGUUAGAGAGAUGCCUUUACAGGUGCACGAUCAACCUUAUAUGGGCAAUGAUGGACGGUUACAACAUGCUAAUAUUGUGGAAUAUAAAGGAUGGCUAGAAUGGGAUUUGAAAGAGUGGGGACGGUUGUCAGGGUCUUUUGGGGAAAAUCCCCGAAAGAUCAUAGAACUUCUAGAAAGAUUGUUUUUAAGUUAUAAUCCUACUUAUACGGACGUGGAUCAGUUUAAAAAGAAAGAGAAAAAGGAAGAAUAUAAGCUAAUGGCUUUAGCUUUUCACGGCGGUGUUCGAGGCAAAGGCCGUGGCCGUGGCAGGGGAUUCCAGGGUGCUCGGGGAAGAGGGUCCUGGCGACCCCAGCCAUCAGGAAAUUGUUUUCAGUGCGGACAGCCCGGUCACUUUAAACGUGAAUGCCCCUGGGGACGCCCAGAGGGUCUGGUUGCAUCCGCAGAUGCUUACACAAGUGAGGAAUACACCCCUGCACCACCAGCUCAGCCCAUUCCCCAGGCCUGGAUCAACUACGGGAAACAGCAGCAGCCGCAGCAAACUCAGCCUCCUCAAUGACGGUACCCCGGGGGCGAAGGCAAACAAUGUGAUGGUCUUAUUUCCUUAAUGUCUUUAGCCGGCUCCUUUCUCACUUUCUCCCCUCCCAGCAAAGAGCCUCGUUUAACCCUUUCAGUCCAGGGACUGCCUGUCUCUUUCCUCAUUGAUACUGGGGCUACUUUCUCUCUUUUAAAUCAUGCCCCCUCUCCCUGGCUAUCCUCUGAGGUUAAAACUGCGACUGGGGUGGAGGGCAACCCACAGUCUCUGGGACUCACUUUGCCUUUGAAUGUUAUUUAUGCUGAUAAAUGUUUUCCUCACCGUUUUCUUUUUUCCCCAGCUUGUCCGAUCCCUUUGAUGGGCCGGGAUUUACUCUGUAAGCUUGAGGCUACUUUAACCUGCACUCCUGAAGGGGUAGGAUUAUUGAUGACAGUGUUAGGAGAUUCGGCCCCUACUCAGGGUAAUUGGGAAACACCCCCCUCUCUCUCCCCUGACCUCACUGACUUGCC